UCUCUCUCUCUCUCCUCUAGCCGUAACAUAAAAAUGAUCACUAAGGCCUUAUAAUUAGGAGAACUAAGCCAUUAGAGGAGAUCACACCGCGAGUUAAUUAGCUAAUCACAAUGUCCUCUCAUUCCUACAUCUCCAUCACUCAAAAACCCAUUUCUCUGAUCAAACUGAAACAACCAAAAUCCUCAUCAAAACACAAGCUCCUGCUCCAGCUCCUCCCGUCCCCGCGCCGCGCCGGACGCUUCUUCGUUCCGUUCCUCGCCAUCUGGGCAUUGCUCAACUUCUCCCAACUCCCCCUCCCUCCGCUGUCCUGCGGGCGCUUCUUGCCGCGCCUCCGACCUCCGCUGCGUCCGCACGACGAGUUCUGGCGGUGGGCGCAGGCGACGACCACGGUCCAUGCGCAGCCGUGCCUGAGCUUCAGCGAGUCGUACCGUAACACGUCAUCGGAUCAGGAUACGACGACGGCGACGGCGCCGCGGAAGUACAUGAUUGCGGUGGUGUCCGGAGGGCUCAACCAGCAGCGGAACCAGAUCAUCGACGCGGUCGUCGUCGCACGGAUCUUAAAGGCGGCGCUUGUCGUGCCGGUGCUGCAGGUCAAUCAAGUGUGGGGCGACGAGAGUGAAUUUGGGGAUAUAUUUGAUGUUGGGCAUUUCAAAAUGACGCUGAAGGAUGACGUGGCAGUGGUUUCGACAUUGCCGGCGACGCACCUCAUGCGGCGGCGGGUGAGGGCGCCGGUGAUGCCGUUCAACGCCGACGAGGAUUGGGUGCGGACGAACUACAUGCACAAGCUUAGCAGGGACAGCAUUCUUCUUCUCCGAGCUUUUGACUCUAGACUCGCCAAGAAUCUCUCCUCUGACCUACAAAAGCUAAGAUGCAAGGUGGCUUUUGAGGCUUUAAAGUUCCAACCAUGGAUUGAAGAUCUUGCAGAGAAAUUCAUUACUAGGAUGAGAGUGGAAGGACCAUACAUGGCCUUGCAUCUAAGGCUAGAGAAGGAUGUAUGGGUUAGAACAGGUUGCCACUCAGGGUUAGGUGCGGAAGCCGACCUUUUGAUUGCAAAUGAACGCGCAUCAAAACCUCAAUUCUUAACAUCUCGUACUAAGCUCACAGCCCAACAGCGUUACCAUGCCGGUCUUUGCCCCCUCAAUGCCAAUGAGAUCUCUAGGAUGCUAAAAGGACUUGGUGCAUCUGAAGACACAAGGAUCUACUGGGCUGGGGGUGAACCUUUUGGAGGAGAAAAAGCACUUCAACCACUGAAAUCACAGUUCCCCAAAUUAUUCAACAAAUGGAACCUAGCAAGGCACGGCGAACUCGAUGCUCUUAAGCAUAAACCAUCAGUGCUCGCUGCAUUAGACUAUGAAGUCUGCCUCAGGAGUCAGCUCUUCAUAGCAAGCCAUGGAGGAAACAUGGCACGCUCCUUACAGGGACAUCGAACUUAUAUGGGUUAUGGCAAGCCUAUCAGACCAAACAAGAAGCUACUAGUACAGUUAUUCAUGAACAACACCUUAAGUGAUACGGAGAUCAGGAAGAAAAUAAAAGAAAUGCACACAGAUUCUUUAGAUUCAGCAUCACAUUUCAAUGUUAGUUCAAACAGAGAUGUCAUUUCCUUUCCUUUUCCGCAUUGCAUGUGUACAAACCAAACAUAAGUUUGAGUUACAAACAAAUUGUUUGACAUGGCUUACAAGUACAUAGCAGAUGUUUGUAAAUAAAUUGAGAGCUAUUUACAAACAUAUCCUAUGUACUUGCAUCUGGGAAACUCUUUUUAGGUAAAUAUAAUGAUUCAGUUAGUCAA